AUGGCGAGCUGGGGAAAUUCCAUGGCUAUUUUCAACGAGGCCGUCGAACUUCAGAACACUCUCGCCAAUUACGUGCGAGACGAAAAGCUUCUGAACCCGCAGCUACCGCAAGAUGCAGAGCUAUUCGGCUACUUAAGAGACAUGGUUGCGGAGGCAGACCCUGAGGGCGAGUUCGGUGCCCACCGGCCUAAUCUAAGUACCGAGGUCAUCAAAAUCUGGGCGAAACUUCUGAAUGGGGAUGCCGUCUAG